UUAUCCAAUUUCAACUGCUCUUUUCAUUUUUUGAAUCUGGCCCCGGCAACUUCGCCAUGGGUUCUGCUCAACUCCAUGGACAGCUUCCCACUUGGGAACGCUUUGCUCCCGGAUCAGUCAACCUUCCUCCAGCUGAAUUCCCCAAAUCUGCGCUGGCUCCAUCUCCAGACCUGGAUGCGAACAAGACCGCCGUUGAUUUGGUAACAGCACUCAACGAAUCCAUCGCAAAAGCAGACUACGCAUCCGUCUCGAAGCUCUUCGUCGACAAAGGCUUCUGGCGUGACCAUUUGGCCCUGACGUGGGAGUUUCGCACAGCACAGGGACCGCAGGAGAUUCUCAGCCUGCUUGAGACGAGCUCCAAAUCCAGAGAUGGGUUUCGCUUGAAGCACGUUACACUAGACACAAGCUCCGCGUUACGAGCACCCAGAGUUGCGCCUCUCGAUGGCGAGGGCGAGGUCAUUGGAAUCCAUUUCGUCAUCAACUUCGAGACCGUCAUCGGCUCAGGGAAAGGCGUUGGUAGACUUAUCAACGACAGUGGAACCUGGAAAUUCUAUUCCUUCUACACGGUCCUCGAGGAGCUCAAAGACCACAAAGAGCAGAUCAACGAAAGACGGCCCAAUGGAGUCGAGCACGGCAUGAAGCAAGGCCGGCAGAAUUGGGCGCAACGACGAGAGCAAGAAACUCUGUAUAAAAAUGCCGAUCCAGCUGUUCUUAUCAUAGGUGCUGGACAGUCCGGACUGACAAUAGCGGCCAGAUUGAAAAUGCUUGGCGUCGAUGCCCUGAUUAUCGACGAAAGUGCUCGUGUUGGAGACAGCUGGAGGAAACGCUACCAUCAAUUGGUUCUCCAUGACCCUGUCUGGUAUGACCACAUGCCAUAUCUUCCCUUUCCACCCCAUUGGCCCAUCUUUACGCCCAAGGACAAGCUGGCACAGUUCUUCGAAGCCUACGUAACGUUGCUAGAGCUCAACGUGUGGACCAAUGCAUCACUUGGAGGGUCCAGUUGGGAUUCUACCAAGGGCAGCUGGGCUGUCAAAGUGCUCCGGCGUCUGGAAGACGGCUCUGUAGAGACUCACGACUUGCGCCCACGCCACAUCAUUCAAGCAACAGGCCAUUCGGGAUUUAAACACGUGCCGCAGUUCAAGGGAAUGGAUACUUUCAAAGGUGACCGUAUCUGCCACUCUUCGGAAUUUCCAGGCGCUCAAGAGAACAGCAAAGGCAAGAAGGCGGUAAUCGUCGGAUCAUGCAAUUCGGCCCACGACAUUGCUCAGGAUUUUGUCGAGAAGGGCUACGACGUGACAAUGGUCCAGCGCUCGAGCACCUUUGUUACUAAAUCCAAAACCAUCACCGACAUUGUCUUGGCCAGCUACUCAGAAAAUGGCCCGCCGGUGGAAGAUGUAGACUUGUUAACCCACAGCCUUCCCCUGGCUCUUCUCAAGACCCUUCAGACUUCCGUUGCCAGGAAGCAAGCAGAGAAUGAUCGUGACAUACUUGAGGGGCUUAUGCGCGCUGGAUUCAAAGUAGACACUGGGCCAGACGGAGCCGGUCUUUUCUUCAAGUAUUUCCAGUGGGGAGGGGGCUACUACAUCGAUGUUGGCGCCUCUCAACUCAUCAUUGACGGCAAGAUCAAGAUGAAGUCGGGACAGGAGGUUACAGAGAUUCUACCUCAUGGCUUACGUUUCGCAGAUGGCAGUGAACUAGAGGCGGACGAGAUUAUUCUGGCAACAGGGUACGGUAACAUGCGUGACAAGACGCGGCUGAUGCUUGGAGAUGCUGUUGCAGACAAGAUUAAUGACGUAUGGGGAAUCGGUGCGGGAGGAGAACUUCGCGGCAUCUGGCAGCAGACGGGUCAUCCUGGUUUCUGGAUCCAUGGAGGCAAUUUGGCACUAUGCCGGUACUUUUCAAGACUACUGGCACUGCAGAUCAAGGGAAUAGAGGCAGGCUUGUAUGGGUACGGCGAGAAUUAGAGUAGAAUCGACUUGUUCUGGACCGGUGUUUGCAUGGCACUGGGACCCACCCGUAUUAGACUCGGAUCUUGACUUUCUCAAUACUAUCGUCAUACCUGCUUGGGCAGUUUCGCUUC